GUUCUGUUCUGUCAAUAAUUGUUGUUUAAAACUCGGUCCGGUUAUAUAGUCGAAUAGUGGCAAACUUUAAACUCCAUGUUAAAUGUGAACACCUCCAUGUGAAACCGAAAUAUGAAAAUCGCUCAUGCAGUUAGAAAUGAAGCAGCGCUAUCUCCGUGAUUUCAACGAUUUCAAUUUCAAUGAUAUGUUGUUAAACAAAUGACGCCAUAUUGAUUUUGAUUUUGGGUAGCCUAUAUUCAAUUGAUGUCUAACCCCUGAGAUGGACCGGAUUUGACAGAAAACCUAUACGGAACUGAUCUCUCCGAUCUCUCUCUCGCCUCAGGUGUUUUGUAGAGGCAACGGUGGCAAUAUUUUCGUUUGUGAUUCACAAUCAGUACCGCUAUUCUCCAAUAGAAAUACAUGAGGAUACCACGUUUCAUUAUGUUGCUGAGAGUUGAUUGUAGUUCAACGUGAAGAAGGGAACCAAAACUAAAUCAAAUACUGGCCUAUUAUAGUCAUAAAAUAAAAUUGUCAUCUAUUUUUAAGAAACUCGAACGAAACAGCUAUGCGGCUAUUUUUGUUAUAUUUACUAUGUCCUGUGAUAGUAAAUGGAUAUUUACUUGAUGGCUUAUACUGUGGGACGGAGAACUGCUAUGAUCUCUUGGAAGUGACGAGAGAAUCCACGAGACAAGAAAUAUCUCGAAAUUAUCGUCAGUUGGCUAAGAAAUACCAUCCAGAUACCCAUAGAGGUGAAACGGCCAAAAAAGAAGCUGAAGAAGUGUUUAAACGUGUGACCAGGGCGUACGAAGUGCUUCGAGAUGAAGGAUCUCGGGCGGACUAUAACUAUAUGCUAGACAAUCCUGAUGAGUACUACUCUCAUUUUUAUCGGUACUAUCGAAGACGUACAAAAGUCGAUGUUCGACUUGUAGUACUGGUUUGCGUUACGUUAAUAUCUCUGGUACAGUACUUUUCGCGCAAACAAAGGUAUGAAGAGGCCAUCAAAUAUUUCAUGACGGUUCCAAAAUACCGUAAUAAGGCAUUGGAGAUGUUAAACCAAAGCCAAUCGGCACCCAAAAAGAGUGCAAAAUCAAGGAUUUCUAAAUCUGAAAUGAAAGAAGAAUCGGAGAAGAAUAUUCGAAAGAUUAUAGAAGAGAACCUCGACAUCCAAGGAGCCUACGCGAAACCUCAAAUUACAGACAUAUUGUGGAUACAAAUAAUAAUGUUACCAUAUACAAUAUUUAAUUUAACUAAAUGGCAUGUAAUGUGGAUAUACAACUUUGUCAUACUAAAAAAACCCUACGGUGAAGAGGAGAAGUUAUAUCUUAUUAGGAAAAACAUGAAGCUUGGUAUCAAUCAGUUCAGAGGAAUAGAAAACGAUAAAAUUAAUGAAUAUAUGUGCAAAGAGUUGUGGAUCAAAGAAAAAUAUAAACUUUGGAAGGCAGAAGAAGACGAAGAAAUGAAAAGGCAGAUGGCAGAUAAUCCAAGAUAUAAGGCGUACCGCAGGUAUAUGAAGAACCGAGGACCUGGAAGAAUUACAUUCGAAGAAUAAAUAUAAACUGUCAUGUAUACAUGAAAUUGUAUAAAAUAUUUAUUGCUAACGAAAUAAAAAUCUUGUUUGUCUGAUUUAACUUAA